AUGGACGCCUCCUCCCUCCGCAUCUCCAAGUUCGAUGGAACUAACUUCCACGCCUGGAAGUUCAAGAUGCAGAUGGUGCUGGAGGAACGGGACCUAUGGGAGGUCGUCAGCGGUGAGAUCAAGGCGGAACAGUGCGAGACUCAGUUGGACCAAGCGACGUACAAGAGGAAGUCAAGAAAGGCGAUGGCAGUGAUCUGUCUAGCCAUGGAAGAUUCCCAGCUAUCGUUGGUCCGGUCGGCAAGUGGUGCAUGCGACGCAUGGUCAAGGUUGGAAGACCACUUCGAGAAGAAGAGUCUUGCCAACAAGCUGUUCUUGCGCCGUCGCUUCUUCACGACAAUGAUGGAAGAAGGCGACGAUGUGCUCGAACACAUCAACAAGCUCAAGACGCUGGCGGAACAGCUAGAAGCGGUGGGGGCUCCAGUCUGCGAGGACGAUCUGGUGAUCACACUCCUCGGCAGCCUGAGUGACUCGUAUCAAUUCUUGAUCACAGCUUUGGAGUCGCGCUCAGACACUCUUAGCUGGGAGCUCGUGACGUCUCGACUGCUUCAUGAAGAAAUGAAGCGGAAGGAGCAAGGAAGUAAAGGUGAUGAAGCUUCGCAAGGUCAAGCGUUCAUCACAAGGGACAAUCAGCGCAAAGGGCGACCAGUGAAGAAGUCCUGGCCGUGCCACAAUUGCGGAAAGAUUGGUCACUGGAUGGCGGAGUGCCCCUCGCGCAUCCAAGAAAACACGGAGAGACACCGGCCACAGCGUGCUCAAGACAGCGGCGACCGCUAUCGAUCACAACGUGCAAACGUCGCUCAAGAAGAAGACUCGGGCGACUACCUCUUUUCGAUCGGUGAAACGACAUCUGCGAAAUCGAGCGACAUCUGGCUGGUCGACUCCGGGGCGACGCAGCACAUGACGUGCUCCAAGAAGUUCAUGCGGAACUACAAGGGGUUUGACGCUGUGGAUGUCCAUCUCGCGGAUGAUGGAAUCGUCCAAGCAAUCGGCAGUGGGGACAUUGUCAUGUCGAUGAAGACACCCCAAGGGAUGAAGAAAGGUGUGCUCACAAACGUGUGGCACAUCCCAAAGUUAUCCAGAAACCUGUUCUCGGUCGGCCGCUUCACCAAGGAUGUCGGCCCAGUGACGUUCACGAAGGAUGGGUGCUAUGGAGAAGCGAAAGGGACCAAGUGGAAAAUUGGUGCCCGUGAAGGUAAAGGACUGUUCAAGCUGCAAAUGACUCCAGUGGCGCCGGAACAAGCAAAUGCAGCCAAGUCGUCGGGAUGUCAAGGGGGCACCAAGUCGUACCUCUGGCACCUUCGGCUUGGCCACAUAGGUCACGAUGGACUCAAUUGCAUCGUGACGAAGAACAUUGGAAUUGGCAUCGACAUAUCUUCGGUGAAGAAGUGGGACGUGUGUGAAGGUUGUGCUCUGGGAAAACAGACUCGAGUGCGCUUCCAAUCAAACACUACAGCUCGCACCUCCAAACUCCUCGAAGUGAUUCACAGCGACGUAUGCGGACCGAUGUCGAUGGCAACUUUCAGUGGAAAACGGUACUUCGUGACAUUCAUUGAUGACAAGUCAAGAUACUGUGUCGUCUAUCUGCUCAAGAGCAAAUCUGAAGUUGCGGCGAAGUUCAUGGAAUACGCUGCGAUGGCCGAAACGCAAACCGGAAAGCGCGUGAAGUACCUUCAAAGCGACAAUGGGGGUGAAUACAAGUCCGACAAGCUGGCACGAUUCUGCGCGGAACGGGGAAUACAACAAAGGUUCACACCCCCCAUAUACUCCUCAGCUAAACGGAGUAGCUGA